CAUAACACGACAUGCGAGGAUAGAGCUUCGGUCCCGCUAUGCCGUCUUGUUGUUCGUCUUGGUUCGUCAUCACCCACUGCAUCAUGGGCGCUUCCCCAUCUUUAUUCAGUAGUGCAACAAAAUUAUUCCAGUGACCAUCCCAUUUACAACUUGGUUUUAGUUUGAGAGUCCCCACAAGCUAUCUUGUUGCAAAUACACGUCCGGUUUUUGUCUAUUUCUGAUGACACAGAGCCAUGGAAGACCAAACUACCCGAGCCAAGCUUGUUAAGCGUUUGGAUUAGCGUCAUUCAUCAUGCUGCGAUGGUUCUGUUUUCUUUGCAAACAUAAGCAAAACUGCGCUAGAGCAGGUUCGGGCUGAGAGCUAGGUGAACUGCGCUGGAGCAAGAACCGGGGUCCGUCCGUCCGUCCGUCCAUGGCGCCCUCCCGCAAGAUCCUCAUGCUCUGCGGAGACUACAUGGAGGACUACGAGGCCGCCGUCUCGCUCUACGCGCUCGCCGCCCUCGUCGCCGUCGACUGCGUCGCGCCGGGCAAGCAGCCCGGCGAGUCCUGCCUCACCGCCGUCCACGAGUUCCUCGGCUUCGAGCUCUACACGGAGCUCCCGGGCCACCGGCUCGCGGUCACCGCCGACUUCGCCGCCGCGGCGGCGGACCCGUCGCGCUACGACGGGCUCGUCGUCCCGGGCGGGCGGUUCACGGAGCAUCUCAGCGCGGACGACGCGGUUGUCGAGCUCGUCUCGGCGUUCGCGGGGAUGCGGCGGCCCGUCGUGCUGACGUGCCACAGCCAGCUGCUGCUCGCCGCGGCGGGGGCCAUGGGUGGGGUCCGGUGCACGGCGUUCUUCAGCAUGCGGCCCGUCGUGGAGCUCGCCGGCGGGACGUGGGUCGACCGACCCUUCGGCCUCUGCGUCGCGGACGGGCACGUGCUCUCCGCCAUCGGGUGGCCCGCGCACGCCGAGAUCAUCGCCAAGCUCCUCGCCGCCAUGGGCGGGCGCGUCGGCGGCGGCAGCGGCAAGGCCGUCCUCAUCCUCUGCGCCGACUGUGACGACUACGAGGCGAACGUGCCGUUCCGGGCGCUGGCCGGCGUGGGCUGCCGCGUCGAGGCCGCGUGCCCGACCAAGCGCAGGGGCGAGCCCUGCGUCACCGCGGUCUACGACGCGCCCGCCGCGCAGGGCGCCGCGUGCGAGGAGAGGCGCAGCCACAACUUCGCGGUGACCGCGGACUGGGCGGACGUGGGCGCCGACGGCUUCGACUGCGUGGUCGUCCCCGGCGGCCGGGCGCCCGAGCUGCUGGCGACCCACGAGAAGGCGGUGGCGCUGGUCUGGGAGUUCGCGGGCAAGGGGAAGGUGGUGGCCAGCAUCGACCAGGGCCACCUGCUCCUCGCCGCGGCGGGGCUGCUCGGGGGCAGUAAGUGCGCGAGCGGGGUGCCAAUGAGGGUGGUCUCGAGGCUGGCCGGGGCCGAGGCCGUGGAGACACGAGGGGCGGUCGCCGACGGGAAGCUCGUGACGGCGGCGAGCUGGCCGGACCUAGCGCCGUUCGUGGCUCGCAUCGUCGACCUCCUCGGCAUCACCGUCUCGUUCUGAAGCAGAGCAUCCAGCGCGAAUAUACUGAGACGAAUAGGGGAAUUGGACAAGAAGCGGAGGAGUUCAGAGAUAGCAAGGGAAAAGACGAGGAAUGAGUGGGGAUUUCCUUUUUUUUUUAAGGAAUGAGUGGGAAUUUCUCCGGUACUUAUCUAUUUACAGGCUGGGCUUCAGCCAUUCUGGGCUGGCCAGUCGCACAUUGGGCCGUACGGUCCACUUAGACACUCCCUUGUCUUCCUCCUGUCCUGAGUAGCUUCACUGACUGAAUCAGCUUCAUCAGAAUGACGAUGAUCAGGAGCACUGACAGUGCUUCUGCUGCUCUGUUUGGGGUAAAACAGGCACCUUAUGAAGUGUGCACUUGCACUGUCAAACUGAAGCUUGGUCUAUGCUUCCGUAUCACACCAGUGGCAUUUUGCACGAAGCACCAGUACUGUUUACAAUAUGUGUAAAUACUAAAUACCAACUAAUGUGUUUUCAUUGAGCUAAUUUUUUUCCUUUAAUGAAAACAAUAUCACAUCGAUGGAAACACGAGUGUAGGAAGAAUAAUUUUUUUGAAGAAAGUGAAGGAAGAAUAAUUAGGAUCACCUUGGCACGUGCGCAUUGAGUAUUUUCCGCCCAAAAAUUUAGAUCCUAGCGAAGACGGGUAAAGGGUUUCUCUCUUAGAAAAAAGAAGGAUGAGGCAAAGUGCUCCCAAAACCAGCUCGUGGCCGAAGCAAAUGCAGCAUUGAAAGUACACUAGGAUAAUUAAACAAAAUGUGAUCUAUGGGUUGAAUCAAACAGACUAACACGAU